UAAUAUAGACAGUGGAGCAUGUCUCUAAUCCUAAACACAGACCAUGGUGGCGUAGUCAUUGAACUCACAUAGCUUUCUGUGUCGUCACAAUGGAUUCUAAAAACAACAUUGCCACUCCACACUGGUGACGUGAGGGCCCAAACUCCUGGCUAUUGUCCUGUUCUCACUAGCUCUGAGGUGUCCUUCUUGUUCAACAUCUAAUUGUGACAGCAGCCCUUUUCAGACUGACUGGUCAUUUACUGCCAAAAAAUACAGAAUCCAGGAUAAAAUACUGUGGCUUUGGACUUUCUAUUUUUAUCUACUGAUUUGCAGUUCACUCCUGUGAUCUCGUCGCCAGCCGCCAGAGUCCCCUCCAGAGCAGCAGGGGUGUUGUCAAAGACCUGACAGAGAUCCCAGUUACAGAGAUGGUCAGCGCUAUCCUGGACCUUGGGACGUCCCACCCUUACCUUAACCCCUAUAUAUGCCUGCAGUCAUAUAUCUUAGUGAUGUCACUGCCAACGUCAUUACCUUCUACUCAUGAGACCAAACCCAUGCCUACACAGCUACAUAAACAAGAGUUUCAGAGGUUCCAGAUCGACCUGGGCUGUGAUGAAGAUGACCUGGCACUGCACUUUAACCCACGCUUCAAUGAUGACACUGAUGGUACUGUGCUCGUGUGCAACUCAAAGAUUGCCGGCUGCUGGGGUGAUGAGAAGAGAGUGAUCCACAAUCUCCUCCAAAGGAGUUCUACAUUCAAGAUUGUGCUGAAGCUGAUGGGCGACAUGUUUGAAGUGGAGAUGCCUGAUGGACAGGAGAUCUAGUUCCCCAAUCGUGAAGGCCUAGACGUCAUUACCUACAUUCGUAUCAAAGGAGACCUCAAACUUACUUCUUUCAAAAUCUACUAGUCCCCAAUAUAUGAGGGGUGAUUUAGUUAGAUCAAUGGGUUAGGACAGGAGCAAUGACAUUUAUCAAAUCAUUGUUGUAAUAUAUGUAUUAGUGAACUGUUGGACAUAUUAAAUAUGUA